GUUUUAAAAUCUCACGAUAGAAAUUUCGAAAAAUCCUAUCUCCGAUAAAUAAUUAGUACAUUCGAUUUUUAUCGUACAUUUUAUUACAACUCUUCUCACAUAUAUACAACUAUAGAGAAUUUUCAUGAUAUCAGUUAAAUGCAAAAAUUCUUUUAUAACAAUAAUGUUAAGCAAGUAAAAUUUAUUUCUCUGUAAUAAAUAUUUCGUAAUAUUUUGCGAGACUUUUAUGUGAAAUGUUUAAUAACACAAUAAAGUAAAAAGAAAAAAUUAGAAUAAUUUAAAAAGAUUGUAUAUAUAGAGCAUAUAGAUGUUUCAUGAUGUGUAAAUAUAAAUAUAUAUGUUUACGUAUCUCUUUCUCCUCAAUUUUUUUCUAUUAUAUUUAUAAUGGUAUCAGGAAAAUAUUAACUCGAGUAUCAAAAGUGUUUUGCACGUAAUCAAUAAUCAGUUUGUUGCUCUAAAAUAAGAAAUGUCUCUGCAUAAGUGCUAAGUUAUUUUUUAUUUGCUUCUAGUACAUAUUGUGUAAGAAUUAGCAAGAAUAUAUUGAUUGUGUAAUCACAUAUACUUUUAAUUUUUUUUAAACAUUGAAAUUUAAAAGUUAUAAGUAAUAAGAAGUUAUCUGAUAAAGUCAUGGCGGAACAAAUAAAAAAUAUAGACAAAUAUUAUACUGACCUUCAAUAUGAUAUCGAUAAAACAACAGCAAAAGAAAUAAUUAAAGCAUGUGUAAUAAUGCUGCAACUCAAGAAUAUUGAGAAUUUGUCAGAGAGAUUCUUUGAAACAGCAUCUUUGAUAGAAAAACAUUUUAAAGCUUUUGUAGCUUUUUGUGAACAUGUAGACGUAGUCACUGCUCUUAUCGAAUAUCUAAAUUAUUAUGGAGCCAAGAUAUUGUUUGAGUUAAAUGAAUUAUCCACAGGAUAUAAGAGCAAAUUUAUACAUAUGACAUUAACGAGUACAGUUUUUACUAUGUGUAAAGGAGAAAAAGUUAUUAUUUCUUUUUGGAUUAUGCAGUUUUAAACGAUUUAAAGAAGUCAUUCGGAACAACAUUCAAAGAAAGUGAUAGAUUUUAUCAUAUGUCUACGCUUAUGGAUUGUUAUCAUGUCAGUAAAAUGAUAAUUUUAGAAGAUUCAGAUCUAUAUGCAGUUAUUAAUUGUUUGAUGAGAAUGGGUGACUCUUAUUUAAAUAUAAUUUGUAUUCAAAAUUCGAUAAUACAAGAGUUUUUAAUAUUUAGAAAAAAAUAUCUUAAUUACUCUAUAAAGGGUGUCCUUCAUAUUUUUGAAUCACAACAAGAAUUACUUACAAUUAUUAGUACAUUUCCUAACUACGAAAUGAGCAUGAUAUCCAUUUGGUCAGAGGAUAUUGUAGCUGCAAAGAAUUUAGCCUCGAGCUUCAAUGAUGAUAUCGUAUUCAUAAAUACAUAUAUGGAUUUUACUGGUGGCUUCCUCCUUGUCCCUUUUGCAAAACUUAUGGAUAAUUUCACAAUUCAUACAACUAUGAGGAAUAGUAUAAACAAAACAAAUGUACAUGAAAACAAUAUAUUACUAAGUACUAAUAAUAUAUCAAGGUAUUCGUCCGAAUACAAAAAUUAUUCUAAAAUUAUUCAUUUAUUUUAUGAUGGCAUGUGGCAAAACCCGGUACAAAACUCGUAUUUUAAACAUGAAGAACAACUAUUUGCAAAUGCAACAAAUGAAGAUAUUAGGAGAUGUAUUAAGUCAGCAAAGAAAGGAUUCAAAAUUUGGGAUGCUAAUUCUAUUGUUUUUAGAAAAAAAAUAUUAUCUAAUUUUGCUCUUGCACUAUCGUACAAUUGUGAACCUACUUUAUCAAGUUUAAUAGAAGGAUGUACGAAAUUCAUAACUUUCUAUGAAAAUUCCAACGGAUAUUGCACUCAAAACUUAGAAUUAAUAAAUUCUAGUAAAGCAAUAGGCAUUAUUAUUCUUAGAGAGAAAAAUGAAACUAUUUUGCUUCUUCGAUUGACACAAUGUUUGCUUGCUGGCAAUUCUGUUAUUGUGAUAUGUAAUGAAAAGUUCAGUAACAUAAAGUCAUAUUUGAAUAUAUUCUCAAUGUGUGAUAUACCUCCAGGUGUUCUUAAUAUGCUAUCAAGUGAAUGCAUAGAAAAUUUAGAAUCAAGAUUAUGUGGAAUAGAAUAUUCAGACUAUGCAAAACGAUAUUUUUCAGAAGAAUCUAUAUUCGAAAAAUAUAAAAAUUAUACAAAUCUUUACCUUGAGAAGCAAAUUGCACACGUUCUUAAAUGAUUUGAUAUAUAUAGCAUAAAUUAUUUUUUAUUAAAGCUUAAACGCAUACAUAACAUCUUACCCAAGAGUGUAUAUAGAUUCACAUAUUUUAUUUAUAUAUUAUAAUCUCAGAGAAACAAUUUCUGUCAUUUAUUAUUGAAUUCUUUGAAAUAUAAAGCUAAUGAUUAGAUAAUUGUAAUACAAUAUAUUCUAUAAAAACCAAAAUAUACUAUAAAAAUU